CAUCCAGUCAUCGCCCAAGACGACCUGUACAAACGAUUCCACGGCCUUCAUAUCCCACACAGGAAAGAAGAACUUCGUAGUGUUGAUGUGGGUGAGGUAAUACUUUGUCUGCCUGCAAUAGACCACGAGCGAACUAGUGAAGAAGACCGGCAGGUGACGUAGAGGAUUUUCUAGGAACCUGCCCUUUUGAAACCUCAGCCUUUGAUGUUUGUUUUCAACGUUGAUAAGAACUCACUCGUCGAUGAUCAAUCCUGGAUAUGUGCGGUAUCGUUGUUUUCCUUUACCCCGUCCUUCCCUUAACAUCUCCAGUUCACUACACAUUAAUGAGAAUUUUCGAUUGACGUGGUUUUACAAUACACUCAGAAACUAGAGAAUUUCCACCAAUCCUCGUUCUGGUGUAUAAAGGGUACAUCUCACGUCUACGUUCACCUUUGAUGAGACUUCACGAUACAAACUGAGUGUAAAAUAUGCUUGACGAGACAAUGAAAUGAUUUUGUAGUGAUGUGUGUGUGUUAAGUCAUACAUUACGUUAGACUAUUGCCAUGUGUUAAAGAACAAGUGUGCUAAAGAAUAAAGGAAAUCUGGAUAUUUUUCCCGCGAGUGUAAUGAAAGAGAGAUAUUAGAACACCAGAAAUGAAAAUAGGAAAUUGAUAUCACAUUUACGAGAGCACCGCAGAGGUACUUUUGAACUUGUAGAGGUUUACGGUGGUGUGAAUCAGCGUGGCACACACUCCUCCGUCAUCAUGAAAAUAAGAGGGAGGAACCUACCGCUGGUGGUGAGUGACCUGACCCUUAACCCAAACCACCAACACUCACUUCCUUCCGCCCUCCAUUCCUCCUUCAGGCUUCCUAACUCCUCCCUCCACUCUCUAUUAGGGAAUGAAGGACUCUACUCCACUCCUUAUGACUCCCUCCCCGGGAUGACCAGCACAGAGUCGUCGUUUACAAUAUACGACACUUUGGUCCUGACGAAUGACACCAACGCUACGAACACGGGUACAGGUUACGUGCCCUACUACGAGCGCCCAGAAACCUACAUUGUGCCCAUACUCUUCGCUGCCAUCUUCAUUGUCGGCGUCAUAGGUAACGGGACGCUGAUCAUAAUCUUCGCCAAGAACAGGAACCUCCGCAACGUGCCCAAUACCUACAUCAUCUCCCUGGCGCUGGGUGACCUGCUUGUCCUCUUCUUCACCGUCCCCUUCGUCUCCACCAUCUACACCAUCGAGUCGUGGCCCUAUGGCAACUUCGAGUGCAAGUUUAGCGAGCUGGUGCGAGAUAUAUCAGUUGGAGUGACAGUGUUCACCCUCACGGCGCUGUCUGCUGACCGCUAUCUCGCCAUCGUCUCUACCGUCAGAAGGGCUGCGGGUGGUGCGGGCCGCAGGACAUUGCGGGCUGCAGUUGGGAUCUGGGUAGCGGCAGGUGUGUUGGCCACGCCAGCGGCCUUGUUCUCUCAUGUGCGGGAGUUCAAUGUGUCGGAGGAGAAGAACAUCAGUGUGUGCUUCCCGUUCCCCGAACACUUCCCCGAGUGGUACCCCCGCGCCAAUAUCAUCGUCAAGGCCCUUCUCUACUACCUACUGCCGCUGGUAGUCAUCGCCACCUUCUACCUGCUCAUGGCCAGGCAUCUACUGUCUUCAGACGAUGUGCCGGGUGAGUCACACGUCUUCCACCGUCAGUUGAGGACCAGAAGGAAAGUAGCCAAGAUUGUAUUGUGCUUCGUACUCAUUUUCGCCGUGUGCUUCCUGCCAACGCACGUCUUUCUCUUGUGGUUCUACUUUGACCCUCAGGCCUCCGUCAAGUAUAAUGAGUUCUGGCACGCCCUCCGGAUCAUCGGCUUCUGUCUCGGAUUCAUCAAUUCAUGCAUCAACCCCAUCGCCCUCUAUUGUAUCUCCGGCACAUUCAGGAAGUACUACAACCGCUACCUCUUCUGCUGCUGUCGCUGGGUAGACCGUGGACAUCGAACACGAUCUUUCCUGCAGCCGGGGCGCUCCGGGAUGUCCCGGUGUCGAUCCUUCACCAUGCGGGGAACUGAGACUAUCACCCUCACCACGCUCAUCCAGGAGAGGGCCUCCCCAGCUAUCUCUUGACACACGCCCACAAACUUCUACUCUCCCGCUUCCACUCGCCCGUAUUCCCCCACUUCCACGCAGCAGACCUACUCCCCCGCGGUUACACGCCCUUACUCUACCAACGACCACGAAAACUAUGAUACUAACCACCACGACUCGCCCUCGUGUGGUCGCCAGUUGGUGGUGGCCGACGAUCGAGAUCUGGGUAGCAGCACCAGUAUCUAUGAGGAGGUAGCGUUAUGAAUCUCAGGUGGUAUGAAGGCUCCAGAUGUGUAUUGUAAAGGCUAUCGUGUGGUGUGAGGAUCCUCAAGUGCUCUAUGAACGUCCUUUGCAUGAUGUUAAGGCCGCCUUUACAACGUGUGAGGCUGUACAUUAUACAGCUACAGUGUCGUGUUGCUCCUGAGGCAUCACGAGGGUCUCUCUCCGUCGUCCAGUUGUUAUAAACUCGUAGUAAGUUCCUUGAUGUCAUUACCCUGUGAGGGUAAACAUCCACACCAGUCCAGCAGCAACAAUUAAUUAUUAUCAUGUUAUUUUGAGGCGCCAGUCUCAAAUAUUUAGAAGAAUUAAACCCCGUCCACAGGCUACA